AACGACGACUUACAACGAGCAGUCCAUUCUUUCGAAGGCUCUACUCAAAUCUGUCAUCAUGAGGCGUAAUGAAUUUUCCAGUUCCUCCCUAAAAAUGAAUAUUUUGUACCCAAAUUAGGAACACUUUUUCACUAGCGAAAACUGAGGUGAUAUGGAGAAACCAUAUAAGAAUUCUGGAAAUGGGUUGAUCGAAUUCUUCAAGAGGGAGUUGGGUUUUUCUCCCCCUUCAACUUUCUCCAGCCGCAUCUCUGCUUCGCAGAGCCUGGUCAAGCGGAUGGAUCUAUAUGGUAAACUGAAUGGUCAUCAAGGAUGUGUAAAUACCAUUGAGUUCAACUCCAGUGGUGACCUUCUCGUGUCAGGUUCUGAUGACAAACAAAUAAUAUUUUGGGAUUGGGCAGCACAGAAAUUAAAAUUUGUAUAUCCAUCUGGUCACUUGGACAAUAUAUUCCAGGCCAGAAUCAUGCCAUUCACAGAUGAUCGCAAAAUAGUAACUUCAUCUGCCGAUUGUCAGGUCAGGCUUGGCGAGGUGUUGGAGAAUGGUCAGCUAGAGACAAAGAGAUUGGCCAAGCACCAAGGUCGUGUGCACAAUCUUGCUGUGGAACCCGGAAGUCCUUAUAUAUUUUAUAGCUGCGGCGAAGAUGGCUUUGUCCAACACUAUGAUUUACGGAGUAAAUCCGCUACGAAGCUUUUCAAUUGCUCAUCGUUCACAGAAGACAAGCAGUCUUCAAGCAGUAAUAUUGGGCUAAAUGCAAUUGUCAUCGACCCAAGGAAUCCUAAUUAUUUUGGUGUAGGAGGUGCUGAUGCGUAUGCACGUGUUUAUGACAUAAGAAAGUACCAAUUAGGUGCCUCAACUAAAGAAGGAAGCCCCUUCAACACGUUUUGCCCUCGUCACUUGAUUCGGACAAACGAUGUUCAUAUUACAGCACUGGCUUACUCCCACACAAGUGAACUGCUCAUCUCCUACAAUGACGAGCUCAUAUAUUUGUUCCAAAAAAAUUUGGGAUUGGGCCCUAAUCCCUUCGCUUCACAGCCUGAAGAUUUGCAAAAAUUGGUAGAAGUACAAACUUAUUCUGGUCAUCGGAAUUCACAGACAGUUAAAGGUGUGAAUUUCUUUGGUCCAAAUGAUGAAUACGUCUUAAGCGGGUCAGAUUGUGGUCAUGUGUUUAUCUGGAAGAAGAAGGGAGCAGAACUUGUUCGUUUGAUGGUUGGCGAUAGACACAUUGUAAAUCAGCUGGAGCCCCACCCCAUCAUUCCUGUCCUUGCCACCUGUGGACUAGAGAAGAGCAUAAAGCUCUGGGCUCCAUCUACGAAUGUUUCCGAACCUCUGCCUGAAAAUGUUCUCGAGAUAAUGGAAGCUAAUAAAAGAGGGCGAGAGGACCAUUCACGGGUGUCUCUCACUCCCGACGUGAUCAUGCAUGUUCUGCGUCUGCACCGGAGGCAAGCGCAGGUGUACAUUGAAAGAAGAUAUAACAGAGAGGAUAUUGAGAGUGAUGAAGACGGUGAAGGGGGAGCUUACGUUUUGGGAUUUUCAGAUGGCGAGGCUUCUGAGGACAACGGGGUUCCGCGAGAGUGUAUUAUUAGCUAGUGAUAUUGUGAACUUGUAUUGGUAAUAAAGGAAAUCACCAUCUUUCUCACUGUUUUCGUAUAAUUCCAAGUCAUCUUAUCAAUGUGGACUUCUUGGAAAUGACUUUGUGAGGAUUAAUAUCCAACCAAGAAUCAAGCUAUUGGAAAGGUUUUGGACGAAGAUGAUGUGUAUCCACGAUAUCUUUCAUCUAUAGCACGAUUUGAAGUAUCA